GAAAUUAAAACAUAUUAUUCUUUUUUCCAAUCAUUUCUGUCCAUACAAAGGACAAAAUUGCAUGAAAUAUGUUAGUUUAUUUUUAAGUGAUUUGUUUCUGUCUGUGCUUUGGUUAUGUCAACAGAGCAUUGUUUGUUCAUUCCUAUCCAUAUUAGGAAUAAGUAAAAGAAAAAGGCAAACAAUUAGCACAGUGAACAUCUAUACAAAUAUAUAAAUAUUCAUAGCUUGAACAUGAAGUCUUUUGGAAUAUAAGAAAGAAUUUUAUGCCAUCCAUUUUUUGAAUUCAACAUUAUUGGUGUUGAUUAUCCAAACAAUCUGUGUCCUUUCUUUCUGAUUUUAUUUUUUUUUUCUGAUUUUUUUGUGUAUUUUCCGCGGCUUCUUCUCUUUAAGUAAUUCACAGUAGAAUGAAAUCUGACACACUUUUUGGCAUUGGCAGAGAGAAUUCAAUAGAAAAAUAAACUUUUUUGCCAUUUUUUUCUCUCUCUCCCUCUCAUAUUUUUGUAAUGAACACUUCAAAGAUUGAUUUCCAAGAAAGGGUUCAACAAAACCAUGGAGUAAUAAGUGAUUUUGCUCUUAACUCCUUGCAAUGUUUUGACAGUCAACAGAACUGGAAAAUGGGAGUUCCUAUUCUGACACAAGUCAUGGAAGAAGAACAGCAACAACAUCAAGAUUUUAGGCAUGAUAAGUCAUCAACAAGCAUUAUGAGCCGUUUCGAAUCACCAGCUUCAGCCUUUUAUGCAACAGAAAAAUAUAUGGGUUUUCCUCUGUAUGAUUGUCAAGUUGGUGCAUACUCCAAGUCCUAUGAUUCACAAUUUACUUCGCAGAACUCUUUAGUUCAGAACUAUCCUAUCAGUUCAAUGGAGCAGCGAUCUGAUCAUAGCCUGGAAUCCAGAAACAGCUUGCUGUCAAUCUAUAAAGGUCCUUGCAGCACAGGAAAUAAGCUGCAUCAGCUUGAAAGAAAUAAGCUGUUAAAUAAUGGAGCUGCGAUUCACCUUUCUAUUCCUUUUCAUGGGGAUCAGGAUUAUAGAAUUGGCUGCAAUCCAUGUAGUUCUCCAUUUGGACAGAUGGGGUUUCCUUUGCAGCGAGAGAUACAAUCUUCAAGACUUACUUCUCGUAAUCCUGUGGCAACUGGAGCUGUGCUGUCAAGUAAAACAAGGAUAAGAUGGACUCAAGAUCUUCAUGAGAAGUUUGUAGAGUGUGUAAAUCGCCUUGGCGGUGCUGAAAAAGCUACGCCAAAGGCAAUACUAAAGCUUAUGGACACAGAUGGAUUGACUAUCUUUCAUGUCAAAAGUCAUUUGCAAAAAUAUAGAAUUGCAAAGUACUUGCCAGAUCCUUCAGAAGGAAAGGCUGAGAAAAGAACUAGCAUAAAUGAAGUACCACAGAUCGAUGCAAGAACCAGUGGCUUGCAAAUCACAGAGGCACUGCAACUGCAAUUAGAUGUUCAAAGGCGUCUGCAUGAACAAUUGGAGAUACAAAAAAACCUUCAACUACGCAUUGAAGAACAAGGAAGACAGCUACAGAGGAUGUUUGAUCAACAGCAAAGAAAAAAUCAGACUCUCUUCAAUACUCAGAACUCAGAUCCUAACUCCCCGGAUGAGUCAGAAUUCAGUCUUGACGAUUUUGAGGUUUCCAUUGCAGAAGGUUCUAAUAGUACCCACUUCAAAUCCAAGAUAAGCUAGACCUUUCAAGAUUGUGGUACCAUAAUCAUUUCCAUUUACUUUCUUGAUUGAUUUGAUCAUAUCAGCAGCUCUAGUUCUCAGUAGUGCAGAAUCAAGAAGAACAAGAAUGUGCUGAUAUGCAAAGAAAAAAAAAAGCUUUUUGUAUUUACUUGGAUGGUCAAAUCAAUUUACAUUUGAUAUGUAUCUGUGAAGGAAAAAAAAAAGGUAAAUAUAUAAAAGUGGAUGUUAUUAUACAAAAUACCCUUUAGAACUAGGAAGUGUGAUUUCUGAGAGUUGUACGUUUUUGAAAAUUUUAUUUGUUAGAAAAAUAAAUUUUGUAUGUACUUUCAAGAUCAUAAAUACAUUACAAGCACCAGAUUUUUGAUCUCCAA